AUGGAUGAACUUACAACCGGUAGGGGCUUGAAUCAACAACUUGGUCUUUCAAGAGCUUGUGACACUCGUUGGGUAUCUCAUUAUAAAUCCUUUAAUAAUUUUAUUAUUAUGUUUGGCUCUAUUCUUGAUGUUCUUGAAUCACUUUCUCUUGAUGCACGAAAUUUGGAUGAAAGAGCUAAGGCAAUGGGACAUCUCGAAGCUUGCCGAACAUAUGAGGUUGGUUUCAUAUUGCAUUUGAUGAGGGAUGUCUUAGGAAUUACAAAUGAGCUUAAUAAAUGCUUACAAAAAAAGGAGCAAGAUAUUGCAAAUGUCAUGUUACUUAUUGAAGUAGCAAAGAGAAGGUUGCAAGUUUUAAGAGAUGAUGAAUGGGACUCUCUUAUUGCUAAGGUAUCUACAUUUUGUAUCCAACAUGAUGUUUUGAUACCUAACUUUGAGGAGCCAUAUAUUAGCUCUUUAAGAUCACGACGAAAGCUUGUUAACUAUACAAUCUCACAUCAUUAUCGUGUUGAAGUGUUUUGCAAUAUUAUUGAUUGGCAAAUUCAAGAACUUAAUAAUCGUUUUGAUGAGGUGACAAUCGAUUUGCUCCAUGGAAUUGCUUGCUUGAAUCCAAUUAACUCAUUUUUAAGUUUUGACAUAAAAAAAGUAAUGAGAAUGGCGAAAUUAUAUCUAGAUGACUUUGAUGAAUCUAAUAUGAGUGCUCUUAAGAAUCAACUUGCAAGUUAUAUUGUUGAUGUUCGUGAUGUUGAUGAAAGGUUCUCCAAUACAAAUAGGCUUUGUGAUCUUUCCAAAAGAUUAGUUCAGACAAAAAAACAUUUUACUUAUCCUUUGGUAUUUCGUUUAGUGAAACUUGCUCUACUUCUACCAGUUGUCACUGCCUCCGUUGAAAGAGCUUUUUUGACAAUGAAGUUUAUUAAGAAUGACUUGCGGAGCCAAAUGAGUGAUGAUUUUUUUAGUGGUUGUUUGGAGCUAAAGAGAAUUCAAAAGAAACUGAAAAAAAUGGAGAAAGACCCUGCUUCUUGCAAAACAGAAUUUAUUGAGUUAUACAGUGUUGUUGGACUGUUGUUUCUUGGAAGCAAGAAGAUUACUGCUGAACUGAAGAAGUUGAUGGCGAAGAAUAUUAGGCGUAUUUGUGUUAUAGCUUUCAUGGUGAUUCUAACGCUAUGUCUCUUGGUAUUGCCAUUGGUUCUACCUCCUCUUCCACCACCACCACUUUUGCUUCUCUUUGUUCCAGCUAUACUCUUUGUUUUCCUCAUCUUCUUGGCCUUCUCUCCUUCAUUACCACCCGCUGAUGGAUCGCGUUAA